AUGCCCGAGGCGGUCUGGCCUCUUUUGCUUCGGCUCCUCGUGUCGGACGACCUCUUCUCGCUCCACUCGGCGCGGCGCGGCGCAUCCCUUUUGCCCAAAAGCCAUCUCUCC